UCGCGAGACCUUCAGUCUGCGGUGCCCCCCCGACCGCCUCCUCGAACCCAUCCAGGACCCAUCUCCACUCCAAACCCACGAACUCACCGCCGUCCCUCCCAUCUCCGGCGGUGACCACGCCAUUAAAGCCGGCGAGAGUGGUUUUAGGCGCUUAUCCAUCUGUACCGGUUGAUUGGAGCACAAACACGGGAGCGAAGAGCGGAGGGAGGCGGUCCCGCGCGGUCCUUUAUUCUUAAGAAGAAUCGGCUCGGUCCCGUGCAGCGGCGGCGGCGGACAUGUCUGUCGAACUCGUCCUCUGGCUCUUCUCCUUCGCCUCCGUGAUGGCCCUCGUCGGCCUCACCGCCUACCAGCUUAUCUGCUUAUCUGAUUUGGAGUUUGACUAUAUCAAUCCAUAUGAUUCAUCAUCUCGCAUCAAUGCAGUGGUCAUAAUAGAAUACACACUCCAAGGGGUCCUCUGCGCUUCUUUCCUCUUGACGCUGAAUUGGUUUCCGUUUCUAGUUAUGGCUCCUGUAACAUAUUACCAUGUGAAGCUGUAUAUGAAUCGGAAACAUCUUAUAGAUGUUACUGAGAUAUUCCGACAGUUACAUGGAGAGAAGAAGUACAGGAUGAUCAAGCUUGCCUUCUACUUCGCAUUAUUUAUUAUAUCCAUUUACAGGCUUGUCAUGACGGCUGUCCUACUAUUUAUUGACGAGGAUGCGAAUCUGGUAGAAACUAGGACUAUUUAGAGCUUGUCAUCAACAUCUCACAUGUGGCCAGGGAAUCCCAAUGAUGCAGUUGGUUAACUUGUCACACACAUGUUUCGACAUCUGGCUCCUGAUGAACACUUAACAUGAGGAACCGGUGAGAGUACAUUCCAGUCUUCCAGAAAUUCUUAAACAAGACGGUUCAUUCGUUCCGUAGGAGCUUAUCUGGUGCCUGGGUGUUGAUUGUAACCAUCAGGCAGAACUGACCUUGUGCUGUACAUUGUAAUUUCAUGCGUUUUGGUAUUGCACUGUGACCUGCCGAGAUUUGGUUAACACUGGACAUCAUGUGCAAUGGUGACAUCUUGAGCUGACUAGUUGGCAUUCACUUUUGAGA